GACACUCCCAGAGAGAGAGAGAGAUGUGAGUGUGGUGUGUAGCCUGUGUGUGUGUGUGUGUGUGUGUGUGUGUGUGUGUGUGUGUGUGUGUGUGUGUGUGUGUGUGUAGGAGAGAGAAAGAGACAGGGGGAGAGAGAGAGAGCGAGAGAGAUCUGGACACUCCCAGGCAGAGUCAGAGAGUCAGCGGAGGUGCAGCAGCCACUUCUCUCCAGAGCGGGAACUCACUCGCAUCAGCAUCCUCACUGCAGGUUCAGUUUUGCGGCUCAGACACGCGCGCCAGGAUGUUCUACUUCCACUGUCCGCCUCAGCUGGACGGAGAGUGCUGCCGCUCCAACACAUUGAAUUCCAGCGGUUUUGCCAACCACGCCGCGGCUGAUUUUGAUGAUGGAUUUCUCCGCAGAAAACAGCGCAGAAACAGAACAACAUUUACUUUGCAACAGUUGGAGGCUUUGGAGGCUGUCUUCGCUCAGACUCACUACCCGGACGUGUUCACCCGAGAGGAGCUUGCCAUGAAGAUCAACCUGACCGAGGCCAGGGUGCAGGUUUGGUUUCAGAAUCGCAGAGCAAAGUGGAGGAAGACGGAGCGAGGGAGCACAGACCCUGAAGGAGGGAAAGAGCAGAUGAGUGAGGGCACUCCUCCAUCUCGCAGCAUCAACUCUCAGUCCCCAGUGGACCAGAGCAGAAAACAGAAAGAACCACUGGAGAUGCAGCAGAGUAUCAACAGGACAGUGGGUCCUGGUGGUCCCUUCUUCCCAUCUUGUAUACCAGGGACGCUGCUCAAUUCUGCCACCUACGCCCAGGCCCUCUCACAGGUCGCCACACUGAAAGGUAAUGGUUUGUGCUCCUGCUGCGUUUCCGACCCCAUGGGCCUGUCCUUCCUGCCGCCCUACGGUUGUCAGGGCAACCGCACAGCCAGCGUGGCCGCCCUGCGCAUGAAGGCCCGUGAGCACUCGGAGGCCGUGCUGCAGUCCGCCAACCUGCUCGGGGCGGCAACUGGGCCCGGCGCCGGCGUGGGAGUCCUGUCUGGAGUCGGAGUCAGCCCGGCCGGGGUGGCGAGGCCCACGGUGGGUCCUGCCAUCGAGGUGGGAAGAGGAGGAGACAGCUCCAGUCCCAGCCCGGUCAACAAGGUCCCAGUCCUGGGCAGCAACCCUGACAAACACCCUCAAUGCUCCAAGGAACCACUGGAGAAAAAGUGAGGCGCUGGACGUGGACAUGGAUACUCUACAUCUGUGUGAUUGUGCCUGUUAUUACAUCUCUACUCUACUCUACUCUGGUCCUAUGAGCAACUAAGCACAACUACUGACUGACUCCAGAAACAGCUGGGAAAGACUUUGCUGAUAUCUACAAUGUAUGGAUGCAAACAAUAAAUAUUUAUUUGACAGUAAAUUAUUAUUGUUUGUGAGAAAUGCUGAAUAUCUGGGGCCUUGUUAUCCCCAUUAAAGCACAAGUGUGGUUUUGGAUCUAUAUCUGUCGUCAUGCACUCUUGGACUCUAUUUGAUGGAUUAACAUAGAAACAACAUGUGUGCAACAAAGACCUAUUUGAUAAUGUGAAUUUAAGUUCCUCUUGUUUUCCUAAAGAGGACAGCUUACAUUGUGAAUGUUGAUGCAUGUAAACUGUACGUGUAGAACUAAUGGCAGGACAGCGAGGAUUUUGCAGGAGUUUGGCAAAACAGUGUUUUGCCAUCAGGUCAGUAAUGGGCUCAAACAAUCGUCUCUCAUUCUUUUGAUUUUAAAGUGAAAGUGCACUUUAAUAUUAAUCAGCCAUUUUCAGUGUAAAUGUGUACAUGUGCCAGAAUACAGUAUGUUCCUGUGUGAGCCCUGCGCAGGCUGAAGCAGACUCAAGUGACAGAGCGGCGGUUGUCCCCUCCACUCUGUUAGCACAUCUGUAGCGCCAGCAGACAGGGAACACACCAGUCCUGUUUUGACAUGUUCUUUAAAACAAUUAAAGAUGUAGUCGCUCAUGUUCCUCUCCUGUUGCCUCUCGCUCCAGCCAUCUGUUCUGAUACAUUAUUUAUCAGCUUCCCUUAAAGCCGGGAGAGGAGAGCAAUUGUGACUCUUAUUAUUUAUUUACUUUUAGAAACGCCUGCCCUCUCUCUCCCUCUCUUCCUCUUCUCUGAGCAGUUUUUAAUAAACCCCAUUAAACAUGAUAUAUGCUAUUUAUUAAUGUUGAAUUUACAUUUUAAAAAAUAUCAUCUCUCAUCACCUCAGGGCUCUUCACGCAGUAGUUUAUCACAGGCAAUACAUUUGUUGAUUCAUUAUUCCUAAAUAUCUCUCCGCACUAGAAUGACUCUUGAAUAAAGGAUCAGCUGAUCAGACACAACCAGUAGUUGGCCUGAUUCAAUUUGCGUCCUUGAGGAUUUUCGGGAAAUUACUUUUGAUAGUCAAUAACACAAUUAAGUAAACUACACACACAUUACCAUGAAUAAUUGAUAAGAAAUUAUGUAUUACCAUGAAGUACUGGUUCAAUAAUUGAUGAGGCGACACCCUAGUGACACAGAAGAGGGAGAUAAUGUCAGAAGUCGUGCCAGGUUGUACACUUGUGUCCUAUUUUUCACUAUGUGUUCAUGUUGUAAACACCUUCAAAAUACUCCAAUAAAGUGACAC